UUUGUAAUCGAUCCCUAGGAUGCCCAACAGAUACUCAUAAUGGAUUCGAACGGGGUCAGAUUGGUAAUCUGUCAUCGGGAUUACAUUGUGCGAGGAUUCAGGACGCAUCCUUGACUGCCACGGGGAGAACGCCACUACCCUUAUACUUAAACAGACUCCCAUCCGCUUCAUACUCCUUCUAACUCAAUCAUACUUUACCAUUCCUCAAUCAUGUCUACUCAAAAAGCCGUCAUCGUCACCCAACCCAAGGUUGCAGGUCUGGUCACUGACCGUCCUAUCCCUACUUUGCGAGAUGAUUACGUCCUCGUGAAGACCGUCAGUGUGGGUUUGAAUCCUACUGACUGGAAGCACGUCCAGUUUCUCUCUCCUCCCGAUGUGCUGAUCGGAUGUGAUUACUCCGGUAUCGUCGAGGCCGUCGGCAAGGACGUUAAGAAGCCCUGGAAGAAGGGUGAUCGGAUCUGCGGUUUCACCCACGGUGGAAAUGCCGUCCAGCCCGAGGACGGUGCUUUUGCCGAGUAUAUUGUCGUGAAAGGGGAUCUACAGAUGAAGAUCCCGGACAAUAUGAGCUUCCAGGAAGCUGCCGCCCUAGGAGCAGGUAUCCAGACUAUUGGCCAGUCUCUUUACCAGACCUUGGGCCUUGCUCUUCCCAAUCAGCCUUUGAAAGAUGCCACUGCCACUCCUAUUCUUAUCUAUGGUGGUUCCUCCGCGACCGGUACCCUCGCGAUCCAAUUCGCUAAGCUCUCAGGCUAUACCGUGCUCACAACCUGUUCACCUCACAACUUCGACCUUGUUCGCAGUCUAGGCGCGGACACUGUCUUCGAUUACAAGGAUCCUAGCUCCGCCGCUAAAAUCCGCGAGAAAACCAACAACAGCCUUAAGCUAGUCUUAGACUGUAUCUCCCUUCCUUCUAGUGCUGAAUUCUGCGACAAGGCUCUUUCCACCGAGGGCGGCGAGUACUGUGCACUCUUGACCGUGAAGGUCAACCGCGAUAACGUCAACAGUCGUUCUAUUCUCGCCUACACCGUUCUCGGUGAAGCGUUCAACUUCGGUGACAUGGCUGUUCCCGCUAAGCCAGAAGACUUCCAGCACGCCCAUGAGUUCACUCAAAUCGCACAAGGUCUUCUGGACCAGGGCAAGAUCAAGGUCCAUCCUUUGAGCGUCAGAGUGGGCGGUCUGCAGGGUGUCUUGGAAGGAAUGGAGCUGCUCAAGGCUGACAAGGUCAGUGGCGAGAAACUGGUCUACAAUGUUGACGAGACACCGUAGACGGACAGUACUGGUAGUAUCUAGUCAGGAAGGUCAUGGGCCUAGUGAGCAGUUUGUUCUCUAUGUCGAACAGUUCACAGGUCAGUUAGCGGGUUCUGCUCCGG